AAAACGUGAUUAGAUAGGUGACACGUGUUGAAAAACAAAAUUAAAAAAUUAUUCAGAAAAACUGGAUGCACACUGUCUGCACUCCACAUAAUAGUCUCUCUUUUGAAAUAAACCCCACCAACCGGUCAUGCGCCAAAGAUUCUCGGUCUUAGUCGAGUUUGAACCGUCUCACUGAAUACGUUUAUAUUUCCGAUUCAUAAACAAAUCCAUUUGUUCCCCGCGUAAUUGAACGAAUAUUAACAUCACUGCCAUCGGUUAAAGUGGCUCAUGUGUGUGAAUUAAAACAGAAAAAUCGAUUUACCCCUGAAACAUUUCCGGAUUUAUGAAAGGGUGAAUCGGACUGUCAAGCGAAAUAUAAUAUGGCCUGUCCAAAUGGAAAUGAAUUAUAUGACGACAGCAAUCAAGAUGGUGAUCAUCUAACUGAUGGCCCUGGAAAAGGUCUGCUCUACGGUGAAUACCUGCGCCUGGACAAGAUCCUCUCAGCACAAACACUACUCAGUGCAGUGUACGAUAAAGAGGUUCAUGAUGAGCAUCUCUUCAUCAUCACACAUCAAGCUUAUGAACUCUGGUUCAAACAAAUCAUAUACGAACUGGACUCGGUGAGAGGGUUAUUCAGUACAGAAAAAGACCCCACGUCAAAUGGUCCAGAUGGAAUAUCCGAAUUAGCGAAUUACCAGAGACUGGACGAGUCCAGAACGUUGGAGAUCCUGAAGCGACUGAACCGCAUAGUCCUCAUAUUGAAACUUCUUGUUGACCAAGUGACUAUAUUGGAAACAAUGACACCUCUUGAUUUCAUGGCUUUCCGUGAUUAUCUAUGCCCGGCGUCUGGAUUCCAGUCGCUUCAAUUUCGAUUAUUGGAGAAUAAACUUGGGGUGAAGGGAGAGCAUCGUGUACGAUAUAAUCAGUGUUACACUAAAGUUUUCGGUAAGGAUCCUGAGGCGGUUGAUGCCAUUAGGAAAUCGGAAACCGAGCGGAGCUUGAGUGCACUGGUGCAGGAGUGGUUGGGAAGGACACCAGGUCUCGAAGACACCUGUGACUUCAAUUUCUGGGGAAAGUACAAAACUGCGGUGGCAACGAUGCUGAGUGAUCAGGAACAAAUUGCUCAAGGACAACUGAAAGAACCGGUGCGCAAGUACAUGUCGGCGAGUGUUGCUGGGAAGAGAGGGAUUUUUGAAACGGUUUUCAAUGAAUCUCUUCACAAUGCUCUUGUGGCCAGGGGGGAGAGGCGAUUUUGUCAUGCUGCACUCAAGGGCGCUAUCAUGAUUACACUUUACCGUGAUGAACCGAGAUUUAGUCAACCCCAUCAAAUACUCACCGCUUUGAUGGAUAUCGAUUCGCUUAUCACCAAAUGGAGAUACAAUCACGUGAUCAUGGUGCAGCGGAUGAUCGGUUCCCAACAAUUCGGUACAGGUGGUUCCUCAGGGUAUCACUACUUGAAAUCGACCCUCAGUGAUCGAUACAAAGUCUUCUUGGAUCUGUUCAAUCUCUCCACAUUCCUCAUCCCAAGAAAUUCGAUUCCACCACUGACGAAGGAAAUGAAAUCGAAGCUCUCGAUAGCGUGGGGUUGUUUCAAUACCGAGGAUGACACAUCGGAUCAAACCGCCUCCGAGAGCUCAGUGGAGGGUUCCUUGUGAGACUAAUAACGCAAAUGCAUAAUCCUCGAAUUCUCAAUUUAUUGAUGCAAUCCAAUAACUAAAUGGAAAAUUAUGGCAAACAAUCACAAGUUGAUUUUUAUAAAAACCGUAAAACUCCAUUUAUAACAGCUUGCCAUUUCGACGCUGAAUAAAAAUAUUAUAAUUAUUGUUCAUCCAGUCGUACACAUAAGAAUAGAAUACACUGUUGGUUCACUCUUUGUAAUAUACAAAAUUUAAAAAAUGACA